AUGUUCCCAAGAGCACGCCUUGCAGUGGGUCUACAACGACGCAUCGUGCUCGCCCCUCGCCACAACUCCGUACAGGCUCCACUAGUUGCUCGUCGCCUCAUUUCCAAUUCCAGCUGUACCAACGCUCAACACUCCCAUCGUCACCAGUUGGACGAAUUGUCCAGUGCCAUUGACGAACGGAAAUCUCAUGCAGCGCAUCUUCGUCCUCGUGAAUUUGAUGAGAAGGGGAACGAGCUGAACCCGUAUAGAAAUGGACCAAGUGCCCUAGACAAGGCUGUCCACCUGUUCUUCUUCACUGAAAUUAUCAGAGGAAUGUGGAUAGUGCUCGAGCAGUUCUUCCGACCGCCCUAUACCAUCAUGUACCCGUUCGAGAAGGGCCCUUUAUCACCUCGCUUCCGUGGCGAGCACGCUUUGCGCCGAUACCCCAGCGGCGAGGAACGUUGUAUCGCUUGCAAGCUGUGUGAGGCUAUUUGCCCUGCGCAGGCCAUCACUAUCGAGAGCGAGGCACGGCUGGAUGGGUCAAGGAAGACGACAAAAUAUGACAUCGACAUGACAAAAUGCAUCUACUGCGGUUUCUGUCAGGAAGCUUGCCCAGUUGAUGCCAUUGUCGAGACCCAAAAUCAAGAAUUCUCGACAGAGACCCGCGAGGAGCUUCUCUACAACAAGGAAAAGCUCCUUGCAAACGGUGACCGAGCAGAGGCUGAGAUCGCCGCCAAUUUGCAUUCCGACCAUGUCUACCGGUGA